AUGCCCCGCAAACUGUUGCGCGUAGCCGUCCACCGAACGGAAGCACGAGAAUCCGACAAGCCGUCGUCGGGCGGCUCGGCUCUGCCGAGGGGCAUCGUGCAAGCCACGUCCGACCUCGAGAUGGUGUCCAUGGUCGGCGACCCUGAGCAGCAGGGCGGCAGCAGGCCGUCCAAGAGCCUCCUCGCGAUCCCGGUGGGUAUCAAGAACAAGGCGGCCGUCGACAAACUCGUCUCCAAGUUCCCCGCCGACCGGUUCACCGUGAUGCUGUUCCACUACGACGGGGCCGGCGAGGAGCAGUGGGGCGACCUCGAGUGGUCGCGCCGCGCGGUGCACGUCUCGGCGCUCGGCCAGACCAAGUGGUGGUUCGCCAAGAGGUUCCUGCACCCCGACGUCGUCGCGGCGUACGACUACGUCUUCCUCUGGGACGAGGACGUCGAGGUGGACGCCUUCGACCCGCUCAGGUACCUCGACAUCGUCAAGAGGGAAGGGCUCGAGAUAUCGCAGCCGGCGCUGGACCGCCGGUCGGAGAUCCACCACGGCAUCACGACGCGCGCGCUGCUGAGGCCCGGAGCCGAAGGAGGGGGCGACGUGCACAGCGCCGGGUGGGUGGAGAUCAUGGUCCCGGUGUUCUCCCGCGCGGCGUGGCGCUGCAGCUGGGGCAUGGUGCAGAACGACCUGGUACACGCCUGGGGCCUCGACUACAAGCUCGGCCACUGCGCGCAGGGCGACAGGACGCUCAAGGUCGGCGUCGUCGACAGCGAGUACGUCCUCCACAGGGGAGUCCCCACCCUCGGCGGCACCGAGGGCAAGGCCGCCGCGUUCCGGGUCGCCGUGAGGCGGCGAUCGUUCGCCGAGAUGCAGAUAUUCAACAGGAGAUGGAAGGAGGCCGCGGCGGACGACGCCUCCUGGACAGACCCUUACCCGUAA